CGCGGCGGAGCCCGCAGCGCUUGGCUGCCAGAUAAAGACGUUAUUGUUGUCAUCGUGCCUCCGUCCCAGCCCUCCGCCUCCCGCGCUCCCACCCACCCUGGGCCAGCGGCUCCCGGGAACAAAACCCCCGCGCUCGGCCGAGGCUCGCUCGUGGAGAAACCGAGAGGAGGAGGAGGAGGUGGUGGAGGAGGAGGAGGAGGAGGAGGGAGACAGCCAGAGAGAAACUUGUCUUGGGGAUUAAUAAGAGGCAGGAGGAGGGAGAGGUGCACACAGGGAAACAUCUGGACCAUGAAGGUGGCCUUCAGAUUGCUUUUCCCACUUGUUCUUGUGCUGAUCUCGGAGGUGAGCGGGCAGCGGAGGAAACCUCCUCGGAAACCCACCCGCCCGCCUCCCGAGUUCAUCGAGCCCGUCGAGCCCACGGAGCUGCCCCCACCCCUGCCGCCGGGCCCCCCUUCCAUCUUCCCCGACUGUCCCCGAGAAUGCUACUGCCCCCCAGACUUCCCCUCCGCCCUCUACUGUGACAGCCGCAACCUGCGGAAGGUCCCCAUCAUCCCGUCCCGCAUCCACUACCUCUACCUCCAGAACAACUUCAUCGACGACCUCCCGGAGGAGUCCUUCAGGAAUGCCACGGGGCUGAAAUGGGUCAACCUAGACAACAAUCGCAUCCGGAAGGUGGACAGGAGGGUCCUGGAGAAGCUGGAAAACCUCAUCUUCCUCUACAUGGAGAAGAACCAGCUCAAGGAAGUGCCUGCCUUCCUGCCACCCAACCUGGAGCAGCUGCGUCUGAGCAGGAACCAGAUCUCCAAGAUCCCUGCUGGGGUCUUCAACAAGCUGGAAAACCUGGUGCUCUUGGACCUGCACCACAACAAGCUAAGCGAUGGGGUCUUCAAUAAAAACACCUUCAAGGGACUCAAGAACCUCAUGCAACUCAACCUCGCCCACAACAUCCUGAGGAAAAUGCCCCCCGGGGUGCCCAGUGCCAUCCACCAGCUCUUUCUGGACAGGAACAACAUUGAAGACAUCCCCAGUGACUACUUCAAGGAGUUCCCCAACCUGGCGUUCAUCCGGCUCAACUACAACCAGAUCUCUGACAAGGGGCUGCCCAAGAACUCCUUCAACCUCACCAACUUGCUGGUGUUGCACCUGGCCCACAACAAGCUCACCAACGUCCCUUUCAUCAGCCCCAAGCUGGAGCACCUCUACCUGAAUAACAACUCCAUCGAAAAAAUCAACGGGACGCAGAUCUGCCCCACCUCGCUGAUGUCCAUCCAGGACUUCUCCCCCUCCGACCUGGACAGCGUGCCCCGGCUCCGGUACCUGCGGCUGGACGGGAACCUCCUGAAACCCCCCAUCCCCUUGGACCUCAUGAUGUGCUUCCGCCUCCUGCAGUCCGUGGUUUUCUAACCCUGCCUGGCAACGCGCCUCUCCCAGGACUUGGCUUUGCACAGAGACUCGACCCCCGUUCAGUGUUUGACGCGUGGGACCCUCUUUGCCUCCCUCUCCCCCCUCCUCACACCCCGCCUUCAUCCCUCUUGCCUUUCCCCCUUUCCCCCGCUGCGGUCGCCGUGGACAUGCGUGGCAUGGGCAUCCUUGGGGACCACUCUCUGCAGGACAGCACCGCGUCGCAGCAGCCAUCCAGGUCGCAGCAUCAGCCCAGGGUGGCUGCCACGCUCACCCCUGUUCCCUGCCUGUGGGCUCUGCCUUCUCUGCCCUCACCCAGGCCAGCCCUGGAGCCGGCUCCAUCUCUCCCCUUCCACCCGGCAGAGUUUUGGGAGGUUGGAUUUGGUCCAAGCCAAAGGCAUCUCCGGAUGGAGCUGAUGAGGGAGCCCAAGGGGCCACCUCGCUGCGGGACUCGGGUCGUAUCGUUGCCCUGGGAGAGUCCACGGUGUCCCUGGGGACAAAUGCCCUGUGAUGGAGGUGGAGCGGGGAUGCCCCGGGCUGGGGCUGGGGGUGCUGCCGGCCGGGGGAGCGGGAUCCGUGCGGGCGGAGGGUGGCCGGCAGGACCGGCAACGACACCUCGUGGCCAGAGCCACGUCCCGGGGCCCCGGGCGAGGGACACGCUCCUCCCGCCUGGGCCCUCCCGGGGGGCUUCGGCCUUGGCUCCGCAUUGCUCUGGAGGCCGAGGGGCUCGUUCCUUCGCGGGGGUGUGAAUUUGGCAGGAGGGGGCGGGGAGGGGGUCCGGCCCCUGCAGCUGGAGCUGGGCUCUCCUGCGCCCUGGGUGGGUUGCACCUUCCCCGCGGCAAGACACUGCGCACCCUCCUUUGCGAGACCAGCCCCCUCCCCAGCUCUCACACCUCGCACCCUCCUUUGCAAGACCAGCCCCCUCCCCAGCUCUCACCCCUGCCAGGUUUCCCCCCCUCCCCAGCUCCCCGCGGCAGCAUCGGUCCAGGGUGCCGCAUCCUGCAUCCUCCCGCCGCCCCGUGCUGCGGAGAUGCGGGGCUCAGCGCAUCGGCCGCACUCUGCUGCUUCCAGCUAAACCCUGCCCUCCCCCACGCAGGACCAAAAGCCUGUGGGACCCCGAUGCCACCGACCGGCCCUGGGCAUAAGACACCCCCCGGGGGCAGAGCAGAGCCAGCUGCUUUGUAGCAAUGCCAGCAGGACGCUCACUCUCAUACUUAGGUACCAGGGGCCAGAUGCUGACGUGGGUGUAAACCCAGGGCUGGGUUGACCCGUGAAAUCUCCACUCUGCUCUCACAGUCCCUCUUGCCCUCCUGCCUUGACUCCCGUCUCCUGGAAGUUUUAUUCUCUGUUCCUUUCUUGAACCAAACACACAUGACUGGUUUUGCGUUUGGUUUUGUUGUUUUUGGUUUUUUUUAGAAAAAAGGAAAGAAAAGGAGAGAAUUAGUCUUUUUGGAAAAGCUGUUUUUUAUUCCCCCUUCUCCCUGUUUUCACAUGUAUCGCUUCCCUCUUUGAUAGCUGUACCUGCAUAUAUAGGGUGUCCGGGUUUAGGCGGGGUUAUACUCUUUUAUUCUUCCUGAUUCUCAGGAUUUAGAUUUAAGGUUGAGCAUUAGAGGAAAAAAAAAUAAAAAAAAUAAAAAUUCAACUGAAGUAAGCAUUAAAGCAAUAAACCAAAGAAACCAUCCAUUACCUCCUUUGCCUUCAGCCACCAAAACUGAACCUUCUCCAAGACGGGCAUGGACGGGCACCAUGUCCUGCUCCCUGGGAAUGGGACAGGGAUGCUCCCCACAGCCUGGGGACACCCCUGCGAGCUGGGUGUUCCCUGCUUCCCAGCGCUAGAAGGUUCAUUAAACCCCUGUGCUGAUUCCGGCGUGUUUUCUCAUGAUACAAGUCUCUUCUCCAAAUUGUCCUCCAGUGGGCUUUAUUGGGUUCGACAGGUUUCAACAUUAAACCCGGAGACCCUAUGUAUAUAUUUAUAUAUAAUGUGUAUAUAUACUGGUAGACUGUACAGAUAUAUCUAGAGACAUAUGUAGUUCUCGACUGAUUUCAACUUAAUGGUAUUUUCACUCCUACUCUCCACAGCAGUGAAAAUAAAAUGAUUCACAAGGGACCCAGCGCCGCGGUCG